AUGAAUUACAGAACUACUAUAAGUUUAAUGUUGGUUAUGAUCGUAUCAUCUUCCUAUGUCAUCGAUGCAUGUAUUCCAAUUGCUUGUGAACCGAUCGAUAAUGAACAAUGUGUAAAGAGUGGUGGUGCAAUUCAAACCAGACCUAUUACAGGUAAUUGUUGUCCUAAAUGCUAUCAUCCGUGCGACGGUGCAAAGUGUGGACAUAUCAUUACCAAAGAUGAUUGCAAACAACAUCAAGUCUUUAUUCCUGCCGAUCCAAAGAAUCAUAUCUGUUGUAAUUCGUGUCAACCAAUCAUUGAAUAA